AUAGUUUAAAUAAAAACAAAUAAAAUUACCUAACUACCCUCACCCACCCAAUCCCUCUUCUUCCCCUUCUUUCUUUCUCUUUCUUUCUUUCCUGCCUUGGGUCUCCACCAGGCUGGAUUCCGAUGGCUGCAACGAACCCAGCAAGGCUGGGUCUCGUCGAACCUAGCCUGGCUGGGUCUCCCUUGCUGGGUCUCGUCGAACCCAGCCUUGCUGGGUUUCCCCGAACCCAGCUGCUGGGUUUGACGAGACAAAGCUGGGUUCUGAUGAACCCAGCUUUGCUAUUUCGAUGCUAGAUUCAUGUUUUUUCAUUCUUCUUUAGAUUUUCAUUUCCAAUUGUUAAUAAAUUUGAGAGUUGAUUUACAAUUUGAUUGUAUUUUUGUUGGAAUUUGAUUGGAGUUUGAUUGAUAUUGUUUAUUGAAGGGUUAAUUUGAUUUGAUAAGAUUUACUAAGUUUGAGGCUUCAAUGAAACCCAGUAGCUGGG